CAUGGAGCAGACAUUGGAGAACUAGUGUCGAGGAUAGAACACAACUGCAUCCUCUCGCCUUAGACACCGUUAAACCCCCUCCUGUUCCAUCGAUCCUGCAGUCAUCAGGCUUGGUAAGAUCGAAACUUGGGUAUAUCAGUUCUCUAAACUCAAACAAACAUGUCGCUCAACGAUAGUAUCGUCGACGCUUCCAUCGCCGACUUGUCGAAAGCUCUAUCAAGCGGCAAAUUGACUUCAGUUGACCUCAUUGCUAAAUACCUGCUGCGCAUCAGUACUUAUGAUUGCCGAAACACCGCCCUCAAUUCAAUUCCAUUGAUCAGCGAGGAUGUAUUUGAAGAAGCCGCCGCUGCGGAUGAUCGCCGUGUCUCUGGUCAAGCGCGUGGUCUGCUUGAAGGAAUUCCCUUUACUGCCAAGGACAGUUACAAAGUUCGUGGAAUGACCGUGGCGAGUGGCUCGGAGGCGUUCGAGAACCUCGUCGCCAACGAAGACGCAUUUACUGUUAGAGCUCUACGAGACGCCGGCGCCAUCCUGUUGGGUCGGACAAAUAUGUGUCCUAUGGCGUACGGCGGAAUGCUUCGGGGCGUGUACGGCCGGGCAGAGAGCCCCUACAACAAAGACUAUCUACCAGCUGCAUUUGGAUCUGGGUCCUCCAACGGGAGCGGUGUCUCUGUUGCAGCAUCUCUUGCCGCCUUCGGCAUGGGUGAAGAGACGGUGUCCUCUGGCCGGUCUCCUGCUUCAAACAACGCAUUGGUGGCUUACACUCCUUCACGGGGACUGAUAUCAAUACGCGGCAACUGGCCACUAUAUCCAACCUGUGAUGUCGUUGUUCCUCACACGCGCACCAUAGACGAUAUGUUCAUUCUGAUGGAUGUGCUUACCAGACAGGACCCUGAAACCAUCGGGGACUUCUGGAGAGAUCAACCGUUUAUACAGCUUCCACCGUCACCAUGGUCUGGCGUCUCUCAGCUUCUGACGGAUGCCAGAGACACCGGAUAUCUCAACGGAAAGCGAAUCGCAGUCCCUCAGAUGUACCUCAUGCAGCAGGAUGGCGGCCCAUAUAUAUCCCAAGCGAUCGACCCGUUGUGGCGUCAGGCACGAGCCGACCUCGAAGCCGCAGGUGCAGCUAUCGACGUUAUUCCAGACCUCCCGGUACUGCGUAUAUACGAACAAAUGCUGCGCAAGCCCGACACUGGCGAUGCAUCUUCAUCACUCCCUCAUCUCCCGGGCGACUGGAAUGCCACCGAGCGGGGAGUCCUUAUCGCUCAUGCCUGGGAAGACUUCCUUCAGAACAACCGUGAUCCGCAAAUCCAAUCCUUGGCCCAAGUAGAUCCGAGGCGGAUAUUCCCCCACUUACCACGCGAUAACCCUCAAGUCAAGUUCACUGAACCAGCCAAUGCCGUUCAUUGGGGCAAGUUGGCAAGCUACGUGGCCGACCGACCCCCCACAGGCAGACAAGGCAAGAGUGCAAUCUACGACGUCCCUCGUCUCGAGGACGCCGUGAGGGCUCUCGAGCAAAUCCGAAUCCGUUUCUUCGAGGAUUGGAUGUCCGUGCACAAUUACGACUUCGUCGUCUUCCCCGCCGCGGGCGAUGUAGCGCGUGCCGAUGCCGACAUUGACGACAAGAGUGCACAGCAUGCUUGGACCGAUGGCGUCAAGUAUAGCCACGGCAAUCGCGCAUUGCGGCACUUGGGCAUACCAAGCGUGACAGUACCCAUGGGCAUUCUGGCGGACUCGAAGAUGCCCAUGGGCUUGACGUUCUUGGGCCAGGCUUACAAGGACCUCGGCCUGCUGCAGGCCGGGUAUGCAUAUGAACAGCAAAGCAAGAGGCGAGUUGUGCCGCCUUUGACACCGCCUCUACCGUCCGACGGCCUUCCGAAACAGAUCCAGGUAUCGUCGACCCCGCGGCCGAAACUGGCAAUCAUAAAGUGUGGUGCCAGCCCGGGGCAAGGAGGCAAUCUAACCAUUUCGAUCGAAGGGUCGCUGUCUGCGGCACCGGGGCCAGGAGACAAUUUCACACCCAUUCUGGAGAUAUACAUAGACGGGCAACGCGUCCCGCCAUCACUGAUCUCGAUCGAAUCACUUACAGCCACAGACGGAGAUCUCAACGUCUCGAAAUUCGUCUGCGAAUACCCGGCGCUCCCACCGCCAAUCCAGGACGACCGCAACCGCGUAGUCGGAAAGGUCGCCAGAGACAGCACGAUGGUCAUGAUCGUUGCGCGGAACGGAGCAGACGGCCGACCAUCAGGAUAUGUGAAACUGUUACACUGACGAGGGCAAAAAGAUUGUCUUAAAAAGAGCCCGAUGUUGCGGCCCGGACCACACCAUACUUUUCAGAGUCUGCAGUCGAGAUUGGGCGAAUCGAGUCGGUCCACACUGUACUCCCAUGCAGGGGCAAUGGAGGAGAAGGUAGUAAAACGGAUUGAAGGAGAUAUUCCUGUCGAGUCUAUAAAAAGAACUGCUCACACUGACGAGCCGGGAGAGACUGCAGUGCAGUUCAAUUAGUCAC